UUAUAACCAAGGCUAUGACCGAGGGUUUGGUAGGAGUGACGGAUAAUGGAAUGGUCAGGGAUUCGGACGAGGUUGGGUGGAUUAUAGUGAAUGUACUUGUACUUAUUGUCAAAUUAAAGGUCAUACAGUAAAGAGAUGCCAUGUUAGAAAGAUGGACAAACUGAAUGAGAUAAUUACGUCCAGCAUGGAUGGGGAUAUGUACGAUAAGUGGGGAACUCUCAUUGACCCAAAGAUCCUUGGAGGUACGAGGAAGGAGGCACUCAGGGUUGCAGGGCUAGGAUCCAAUGCCCCCGCCAUGUUCCGGAUAUGGCAGAAAAAGGAGGAUCCAUUUAUCAAAGUCGAAGAUGUGACUGAGCUGGGGGAACAAUUAAGGAAAGGACUAAAAAUAGACCAGGAAGAAGAGGAUGCCCCGUUGAUUGAGCUUAAACCAAGAGAGGAUGAAGUAGUCAGGGAGUCACCGAAAGACACCUUAGAGAGGAUGGAAGACCUGAUAGGUAAGAUAGGAAGACUGAAUACCCGAAUGAUGGGUAUAUGUGAGGAAGUCAAAAUUAUGGAGUUAAGAGUCCCGCACGUAUUUACGAUGAAUCAAGGAAGUGGAGGAGAGAGACCCCGAGAACCAAAUUCAAUGGCACUAAGGGCUAGCUUGGUUGCAGGAUCUGAAGCAGCUUACCAAGCCCUUAAAAAUUUUCUGCCACAUACCGCUCGCCGGGCGAAAGGAGGUAGUACAACCAAGGAGCAAGAGCAGGCUCCGCCGCCUCCUCCUGAGGAACCCUCUAUCGAUAUAGGCAAGGGAGAGAAAAACCAGGAUGAGCAGCUGAGGGAAGAAGAGGAUAGGAAAGCUGAGCAGAGAGCCAAGAAGCGAAAACAGGGAGGUAAGGAAGGAAAAGAAAAGGUCGGAGAAAAAUCCAAGAAAAAGUGGAAAUAUCAGACGUCUUUCGAAGAGGGAGUAGAUCUAGAGAAUUUUGUGAAUAAACUUCUUGACGGACAUAACGACCUGCUGAAAUUGAAGGAGAUUUUGGCAAUAGCUCCAAAGCUCAGAGAGUUGGUCAAAGCGAAGUUGGUAAGGAAAAAAGUGGCAACGGUAAGAUUGGGGGAUUUGAUUCCCAAAGAGGCAAAUUGGACCGUCGUCGGGAGUAAAAUGGAUUGGAAGUCCGUAGGGACAGGUUUUAUCGAAGUUAAUAUCAGAGGAAGAGCGUGCUCCAGAAUGUUAGAUACCGGAGCAGAAAUGAAUAUUAUAAACUUAGAGACGGCGGAAAGAUUGAGACUAGAAGUCGAUAAAAGUGACUUUGGAUACCUCAAUGGGGCCAGUGGGAAGUCAGGCCAUACAGGUGUCACCUCAAACGUCAUUGUGGAAGUUGAGAGGAUUAAGGUCUGUUCCUGCUUCUACGUCAUGCCGAGUCUGGAUCUUCCCAUAUUAUUGAGAAGGUCCUUCCUGUCAAGGUCAGAAGCAGUCCUCAUAAAUAAACAUGAUGGAACUAUGUAUGCCAUAUCGUGCGACCCGGUGUGUGGGAAUUUCGAGGUACUCACAUGUGCAAACACAGGGCCCCACUAUUCAAAGAACCGUCUCAAUGCAGGGUCGUAUACAUUUGAAGAAUCUGAGGACAAGAAAAGAGAAUUAGAGUGGGGAUCAGGCGAGGAAGAUGAGGAUGAAGAAGAUGAGGGACUGGUUCUGAGCUUGGCUAAUACAGACCAAGCGAUGUGCAUGGUCUCAGCCUAUGCGAUGGCCGACCAAGAAGUCAUCAUGGCCUUGGCCGACAGACUGGGAGCGGCAAUGACACGGAAGGGAGGGGUGGCGGGGCCUUCCAGGCCAGCCUCUGGCAAGGAACGGCGACGGGGAUCACGGCGGGUAACCAGGGACGCAGAUGGAAUGCCGAUCUACAAGAAGGGGGACAAUUUGAGGUUGUUCCUAAGGGAGUUCGAGGAUCACGCGUUCGGGUGGGAAUGGGAUACCCCAACCAUGUUGUCCAAAGUAAAUGGUGUAGGGGAGUGUCAAUUAAAGAUUGAAGAAAUUACCACCGACUGCCUGGGAUGGAUGACAUUCAAGACAGAAAUGUGGGUUGAGUAUGGGGACCUGAGGAGAGACGGGAUCAAGGAUGAUAUAAUCUUUUAUGGAACAAAUGUGGAGGAUUUCGAGGACAGUCUGACUCUGUAUGCAGAAAGGAAGGGGUGGAAGGAAGAAGAGAAGCUGGAACAAGUAAUGGCAAGAGUGGACCCCAUGGAAUAUGAGAGUAUGAGGAAGAUCAAAGAGGAGGGCUCUAAGCUACGGUCAGACCUGGAUAAGCUGAUCCGGCUGCAUGAGCUGCUUCGGGAUGACUGUGAGUGGCUCCUUGAAGGAGGAGUCGAGGUAGCUGAGAAAUUGGAGGGAGCAGGAAGGAGUCAGAGAGGGAAUGACGAGGAUGGAAAGAUGGAGGCUUCGAUUAAAGAACUCCAAGAAAUGGUAAAAGAGAAGGAGGAAUUACUCAAUCAGGGAGUAGCAAGUCACAUCCCUGAAAUCCUGAAGGAGAUCCAGGGAUUGAGAAAAAGGGAAGAAAGCAGGGAUGCACAGGUGGAAAAGAUGGAAAAAGAAGUGGAAAGCAUGAGGGUUGAAAUGAGCAAGGUAAGGGAAGAACAGCAAGAGCUUAAGAAGCAAGUGGAGGCGUUGAACAUUGCCCUGGAUAGUAAGAACAAUGAAGUGGAAAAAGAGAGGGUUGAACGAGAAAAGUUGGACAAGGAAGUUGGCAAGCUGGAAGGGAAGGUCAAUAAGCAGGAAAAGGAGAUGGAGGCUCUCAGGAAGGUUAGUCAAGAAGGAGGAGCAGAGAUGCCUACAAAAAUAGUUGAAUGGAACGACGAACUUGGGUUUGAGAUCAGGAGUAUUACAGGAACACUUCAUGCACCAGAACAAGGCCAGAGGGAGUAAGCAGAGAAGUAUUGGGAUAAAGAGGAGAGAACGACGAUCAACCUACUGUCAUUCCAGCUUCUGCUAACAAGUUGGUUCAGAUACUGACAUCUGACAUUGUUACAAAGUCUUUUAAUGAAGGCGAAUCAGGAGA